AUGGCGGAGAAAGCAGAGAAUUGUUCGGACUUUGACCGACUAUCUGGUCAGUCCUUGUCGGCUUUGAAUGAUGCCAUUAAGGAAAAAUUUCUGGGACAGGAAGGCUUUAAAGCAAUGGAUGACAUAUCGGCCAAAAUAUUCCCGUCCGUUUUUUCAGCUCUGAAGAACUGUUUACACAAACCUUUACAGAGACACCCACGGUACGCUGAUGUGGAGUUUUUGUGGACGGGCAGUACAUCAGAGGGAGUCAACAUUCCCAACAUGUCCAGAGGAGCUGAUGGAAAGGUGGAGAUGGAGUUUGAAAUGGAUAUUUUAUGCGUAUUUCGGGAUGUAGAAGUUGGUACGGCGAGGGACAGUCCGGUCAUUAUGGUACAACAGGAGGGGGCACCCAAGGGGUACUAUCUUCUCUACGUGAACAGCCCCCAGUAUAGACUAAGAUGGGGACAUUUCUGUACAUCCCCUACCUCUCCUGGAAGAAAAAGUGAAAUGUAUUUAAAUCCUUUACUAAUUGUGAAAGACUUGUAUGAACAGAUCGAACAUAUAUUUGGACAAAUUCCACUUCUGAAAGACAAGUUUAAAUUGGACUUUAAUCCCCCCGCCGUGACGCUAUGUUUAGGGGGAUUUGACAGUAUUAAAGUUAGCUGUGAUUUAGUUGUUGCUUUAGAACUCCCUUCCAGGACUUUACCAGGAGGGUUUCUUCCUUGGAUGGAAAAUCACGGAAAACCCAAGUGGCUGUCAGAUGAUACGGUCCAACGAUUAAAAAAUGAAUCUUUACAUUUAGUAGGAAAAUGUUCUCCAAAAGGACAUGCAAGUAUUGAAUGGAGGUUGUCGUUCAACAGAUUAGAAAUUGGUCUUCUGCGUGAAAUUCAGGAAAAAAUCCCAUUUGCCAUCACCUGUUACAGGCUGUUUAAAAGCAUAAGGUACUGGCAUUUGAAUUACCCUGAUUUCCUCCACUCUUACCAUUUGAAGAUGAUAUUCCUCCGCGCGUGCCACGCCUUUCCAGCCUCGUCUUGGACAGAGGACCAUGUUGCAGCUAAUUUACUUGGUCUCCUUGACGACCUGUUUCAUUGCUUGGCGACACAUAAUCUCCCAAGUUACUUUUUUCGUGAUUGCAAUCUUAUAGAAGGAAUCCAUUCUGAUUUCAUUAUGACAUUAAUAAAGCAAGUCAGUCAGAUUCGACGUGACCCUGUAAAGUAUAUAACAGAACUUAAAAGAUAG